UAUUUUUUUAUUUUUUAUUUUUUUCCCUCAAGUGCAAAAUUUUCCUUGUGCUAUGAUCUGGAAAAGGCAAUAUAAUUCGCCGUCCAAGUUUUACAAGAUUCUGCUACGAUUUAAAACUACAACCUCCUCUUUCAAAUCUUAUCAUUGUAGGAAAACGGUUCAGACUUCUAAACCCAACCAUAUCAAUACCCUUUCACUGUCCAGCCAGCGACGUUCCUUAUUUACAGACCCGAAAAUGUCUGGUGAAAUCACUCACGAGACCAUCAAGGAUGGCUGGUUCAGAGAAAUCUCUGAGAUGUGGCCCGGCCAAGCCAUGACUCUGAAGGUAAAGAAGGUGCUACACCACGAGAAGAGCCAGUACCAAGAUGUACUCAUUUUUGAGUCUACCAACUAUGGUACUGUCCUUGUUCUAGACAAGGUGAUCCAAUGCACUGAGCGGGAUGAGUUCUCGUACCAAGAGAUGAUCACACACCUAGCCAUGAACUCCCAUCCCAACCCCAAGAAGGUGCUGGUCAUUGGUGGUGGUGAUGGUGGUGUCUUGCGUGAAGUCGUCAAGCACGAGUGCAUUGAGGAGGCUACUCUCUGCGAUAUUGACGAGGCCGUCAUCCGCCUCUCCAAGCAAUACUUGCCUGGAAUGGCUGAGGGUUUCAAGCACCCAAAGGUGAAGGUGCACGUCGGGGACGGUUUCAAGUUCCUGGAUGCCUACAAGAACGCCUUCGAUGUCAUCAUUACGGACUCGUCAGACCCUGAGGGUCCUGCCGAGAGUCUGUUCCAGAAGUCGUACUUCCAGCUACUAUACGAUGCUCUCCGACCCGGCGGCGUCAUCACCACCCAAGCCGAGAACCAAUGGCUUCACUUGCCACUAAUUGCUAAGCUGAAGAAGGACUGCCGGGAAGUCUUCCCUGUGGCUGAGUACGCCUACACGACGAUCCCCACCUACCCAUCUGGCCAGAUCGGAUUCAUGGUGUGCUGCAAGGAGGAGGGCCGCGAUGUUAAGAAGCCCCUGCGCUCCUGGUCCCCCGAGGAGGAGGCCCGUCUCUGCAAGUACUACAACGCCGAGAUCCACAAGGCGAGCUUCGUUCUGCCCACUUUCGCAGCACAAGCCCUUCAAUAGACACGGCGAGUGAAGGAAUCGGAUUUGGGAUGGAAAUAUGCAAUCGACGAAGGUUUUGCGAGGUUUUAUUUUCACUUUAUUGAAGCUUGCGUCAUGGUUGUCAUAGAGGUUCAUUAGGUCACUAAGAUAAAAAAAAUUCAUACCUGUUGAAAUACAAAUACGGGCUUACGCGAUCGUAUACCUACUUGAACUGGUUUCUCCCGUAAUCUUUCUUC